CAUUACUUUUGUUUUGCUCCCAAUAUUUGGUACAUUUUGUUUUAAUUAACUGCGUCAGCAAAUUAUAAUUAAAUAAAAGAUUGAAGUUGUUGAUACGCCUUAAUUUAAGCGCAAUAAAAUCAAGUUAUUUUUAAAACAAAGCUGCUGUUGCCAAACUGACAUGCAUCCUCGACUUGGUCCAAAACGUACACUACCCGAAGGCACCGAGGAGGAAGCGGUUGAACUUAAUAAACUUUAUGAUGACUUACGCACAAAACUCUCCUUGUCACGUACUGACCGUUUAGCAGGCCGUGCGUUGGGUGCUUGGGACCCUGACGAGAAGGCCGUGCAGGUGCUACGGAAGGAUGGAAAAUUUGGCAAUUUCGGCUACAGUCAUAGCGGUCAAUUCUAUUUGGAAAAUUAUGAAGCCUUAUUUUUGUUAGAAAUGAACCGCUUGCAAUUGGAGUACCACUCAAAGAUAAUGUCUGUGGAACAAGCUUAUUUGCUACUAUUAGGCGAGGCACCUAACACUAAAUUUAACGAAUAUCUUGUUUAUUCUCAUCUCACGCGUAUUGGUUUUAUUUUGGUGCGCCACCAAAAUGUCGCCUAUUACGACAAUGUUGAGCCUACGGAAGUGGAUUGCGCAUGGGCGCUCGCAUUGAGCGUUAUCAAUAAUCGCGCGAUCCCAGAAAAUGUAAAGAAAUCUCCACACUUUGUCAAAGUCAAAAUGCAAAUGAAACACAUAAAAGAUUGCAUUAUGAAGCAGGAAGAACUAGAGCAAAAAGAAGUGGUGGACGACGAGUCGUUGCCGCCAGUGAACUUCGAUCGUAAAAUGGCAUCAACGGGAAAACGAAAAAAUGUGAGUGAUGAAGUGGAAAACCCUACGGAAGCCAAGCGAAGAUGUUUCGAGAUUGCUGCUAAGCAACGAAGUUUUCUAGAUUGUCUUAAGGAUGAGCCCGAGUACAAGCAGUUUGAAGAGAGUUUCGCCAAAAUUGAUAUUAUAAAAAUGAGGAGCUCUACAGAGAGUGCAGAAGAUGAGAUAAGGAAUUUGCAGAUUGUUUUCGAUUUGUAUCUGCAUAAUGAUGGAUUUAAAAAGAGCGCACCGAAACCACCAACAUUUCGAUUAAUUGUAUUAGGUGUAAAUGACCCAUUUCCAACGCAUUCGGAAAUAUCACAAGCAUAUAAUUUGCAGAAGUACCCAGUGCCGCUUUUAGUAGUUACGGUGGGAGAAUCCAAGCAAGUGCAGGCAUUCUUGUAUUAUUUUAGUUGAUAAGGUGUUAUUUUCAGCUGUUAUUCACUUCUAAACUAAUUUAUAUUGUUAAAACUACAUAUUUUAAUGAAAUAGAAUCCUACCUAGAUGGUUGCUUGAUAUGGCGUCGCUACGUAUUUUAUUAGCCUUUUUCUUUUUACGAAGUAGGAUAAAUGGCGCUUAUUAAAUUAUUGCAUUAGCGCCACUUACAUAUAUGUAUAUACACUAAACUAUUUUCGGACACUUGAUUCUUUAAAAAUAUACGUGCGAACAAAUUUUCCCGAAAACUACUUCCGGUUAACAAACAGCGGACUCCCGCUUUUUUACCAACGCA